AUGUCCUUCUCGGACUCCAGAUUCGCCUACGGCCCCUUCGCGCCGCACUGGAUCCCGCGGCAGUACGUUGAAAACUACUUUUCGCAGCACAAGACGGAUGACUUGCUCGUCCUCAAUACCACCGUCGAGGACGUCACGAGGAUCCCCGCCCCGGACAGGCCCGAACAGUGGCGGCUCACGCUGCGCAAGUUCGACCCCGCGCGAAACGUCGACGUGUGGUGGCAGGAGGUUUUUGAUGCCGUCGUGUUUGCAAACGGGCAUUACUCCGUCCCAUACGUUCCGCAAGUCAAGGGUCUGGAAGAGUAUAUCAGCAAAUUCCCGGGCCGCGUGGUCCACUCCAAGACGUACCGCUCUCCGGAGAAGUACGCUGGGAAGAAGGUCGUUGUCAUCGGCAACUCUGCCUCCGGGCACGACGUGACCGCUGAGCUGGUCGGCACGGCUGCUAACCCUGUUUACCAAUCCCGCCGGUCCAAGUCCCGCUGGGACGGCGACGAGCCGCCAGCCGGGCAAGCAUGGAAGCCUGUAAUUAAAGAGUUCCUCCUCGACGGAAGGAUAGUAUUUGAGGACGGCACGUAUCUUGACGACGUGGAUUUCGUCAUCUACUGCACGGGGUACAAGGCGUCGUAUCCCUUCUGGAACAGCAAAGAGAACGGCGGCAGGCCGUUGUACGACUACAAGAAGGGCAAGCUGGAAAAGACCUUUUGGCACACCUUCUUCCAGGACUUCAAGACCCUGGGUAUCGUGGGUAUGCCGCGCGUUCUUACGUUCAGGAGCUUCGAGUACCAGGCCAUUGCCCUUGCCAGACUCUUUUCAGGGAGGAAUUCGGUUGCGCUACCCCCUGUGGAGGAGCAAGAGCGGUGGGAGAAGGAGAGGGAGGACACCGUCAGAAGAGAAGGACGCAAGUUCCAUGAUAUUCCCUGGGAGACGGGCGAGACUCUCGAGUGGCUCACGGGCUUGUACCGGGUCGCGGGUCUGCCGACGCUCAGAGGCAAGGGGCGGGUUCCGCCUGUGCUUACGGAGGAGAUGAUUUGGGCUUUGGAGCAUUUAAAGAAAUACCCCGAGCCAGGUAACGGCGAUGAUGGUGGCGAUGAUGGCAAGAAGGAAAAGAGCGAACAAAGAAGGGCAGAGGAGGAUCACCAUGAACCUGUUGAUGAGGGGGCGAGAGGACAAUGGUCCCUGCCACACCGUCCUAAGAAGGACCUGUUGAGUUUUAUUUGA